UAGUUGGGCCCAUCGUGGUGUGCAGGGCAGACGCACAUCUGCCUCCUGCAGCGUCUUUUCCACCUUUUUGCGCCUACUGCUCAACAACCUUUGGCUUUUGCUUCACCUGGAGCCUUAGAGGAGCCCCUGCUACAGGGGCAGUGCUCGGACUCUUCGUGAGUUGCGCUUUCCAGCUACAGACUUGUAGCUGAGCUUUUUUUCCUCUCACUCCUACCCGGAGUGAGAAAUAUUGAAGACAUAGAAGGUUUUUCUAGCCUUUUUCGGAGUCGUUGACAGCAAGCUAAUCCAGCUAUGCCUCCAAAACCCAAGCCGACUAAGUGUAAACGGAAAAAACGACAUUGUAACAGUACUCAGCAAUCUCAGCAAGAAGAUCCUCGUCAAGAAGAUCCUUGGCAAGAAGAUUCUGAUGAUUCUGAUGAGGCUCAACCAAAAAGGAGAAGAGAAGACUCUGAGCCUCCAGGAGAAGCCAGCUCUUCUACUGAGGUGAACUCAUCACCCAGGGCAGCAGAUGAAUACUGGGUAAUUUCAGACAGCAGCAUAAGUUCAACCACCCCCUGGGGAGAAGAGCUUCCAGAUGCUCCAUAUAACCUUGCAUCUGAUAUGCCACCACGCCCUGUGCUGGAAAAGCUGAGUGUUGAUAAUAUGCCUUUUGAAAGUGAUGCUUACUCUGACAGUGUUACAGUGGCCCUUCCUCCUGCAACACCUCCACAUCUGAGCUCAAACAGGAAUGACAAAUACAACUCCAAAUCUACUGCAGAUGACAAUGAGCCAAAACCUUCUACUUCAGGGAUAGGCAAAACAGGGAGGCCUUGGCGCACCGUUGAGGAGGAUGUUCAGAGAGAAGAAAAAGAGAGUUACAAACAACUCCUGAAACUACUGAAGGACAAAUACGCUAAAUACAGCCAUACUCCAAAGCCGACAAGCUCCAAUGUUGAAGUUUACACCAAAGAAUCAACUGCUGCAAGUUACCUGGAAGAACAAAAAUGUGCAGGGGAUGCAUCUCAGCUUGUGAUAGUUAUAAGUGAUGAUGACAGCAGCUCAAGCCAGUCUCUGGAAAACGAUGAGACCAGUUACUACACACCAGAAGAAAAGGAAGACAAGAAAGGACAGGAGAAACAAGCCAGCACAGGGUGUGGAGAUGAAAGCUCAGAGGAGGCCUCCUUUGAAUUGCACCUGGCACCUGUUCAGACCAAAAAACCAUCUGUCUAUGAUGUGGAAGAAAAGAAAUUCCCAAGACCUAAAAAAAGAGAAAUCUUUCCUCCGCUCACAGAGGCCAUGGAGAGAGAGAUCAUGGCUGCGCUGGGCGAAGGUAAAGGGGAGGAGAUCAUGAGCAGCGCCUUCAGACUCAGUCUCACCCGUGAUGACAUCCAUACACUGAAUGAACUUUGCUGGCUAAAUGAUGAGGUCGUUAACUUCUACAUGAAUCUUCUGGUGGAAAGAGGCAAAAAAGAUGACUAUCCAACCGUCUAUGCUUUUAGUACUUUCUUCUAUCCCAAACUUGAUUCUGAUGGCUACAGAGCAGUGAGAAGAUGGACCAGAAACGUGAAUCUGUUCAACCAGGACAUCAUUUUGAUUCCUAUUCACCUGAGAUCACACUGGACCUUGGUGGUUGUCGAUGUCAGAAAGAAAACUAUCACCUACUUUGACUCGUUUGGAAAAAAAGGAAACAAGAUUUGUGAGACUGUACUCCAAUACCUGCAAGAAGAAAGCUGGGAGAAACAAAAAGUCAAGCUGUCAUCUUCAGAGUGGACUCUUCGCAGCAUGGAGCCUCAUGAAAUUCCUCAGCAAUCAAAUGGAAGUGACUGCGGAGUUUUUAUGUGCAAAUACGCAGAUUACGUCUCCAGAGACAAACCCUUCACCUUCACUCAGGAAAACAUGCCUUACUUCCGCAAGAGGAUGGUGUGGGAAAUAAUCCACCAGCAGCUGCUGUGAGACGUGAAGCGUUACGAGUAUCGCCGCAGAUGACCUCGGAGCCACUAACUUAUAUUUUGUCAUAUUAUUUAUUUCUGCGAUGCCUUAUUGAACCAGGCCGCAGCCACUUGAAAAUGUUCCUGUUUUAAGCUAUAAAGUAUUGUUUAACUGUUUUUUCCUCAAUUUCGGAGACAGUGCCUCUCUUUGAAAUGAGCUGAUGUGCCUUGAGUGAAAGUCUUUGAGAGUUUGCUGGGACUUCACCAGGGGAGUGGUUGAGAAGAAAUGGUGUGAACUUCUGUCCUUGGGAUGGAGGGCUCUCAUCUUACAGCACACGUGGCCACAUUGAUGGACAAGUGGGACUUUGAAUGGUGGUAACAGUCGUGGUAGCCAAUCUGAUCUCCCCAAGGACAAUGUGUUUAGCUGCUGUUUCUUCAAGGAGAGUUUUCUGCUGAUUCUGGAAUAUCUAUGAUCUACUUGAUUCCUAUAACUGGAUUUGUGAUGACCAUAGAAAGGGGGAAAAAAAGAAUCUUUACGGUCUUUUUGAUUUGUAACAAAUCUGUAGUGAAGCCCCCAUAGUUGGGGUGGUUUUGUUCUUGUUUUGUCUGCAGGGAAUUACCUAAUGUGAAAAGAGAAGUAUUUAUUUUGUGUCUUUAUUAAAUAUGUAAUUUAUAUAAAGAGCCUUUACUGGAAAGAAAUUCUA